CUUGCUCGUGAGAAGCGGAUCCAGUUCUCUUUCAGUCGACGAACAAGCAUCACAUACUCCGUCGGACGCCGUCCACAGUUGUCAGCGCUGCGUGGUUGUUCUCGGGCAAGCAGUGAAGAAGGUUCGAACCCUCGGGCUUUUUCUACUCCCGAAGUCCGUCAAUGGACUCAGAUGCUGAAGACACAAAAUCUCAAGUUGAAAACGCAGAGCAUCCAAAGGGGUUAGAGCCACUAGCAAAGAAGGCAAAGAAAAAGCAGAAAAAGGAGCGCCUGCCAGUGCAGGCGAAGGUGCAAAUCCUCCAUGAUCACCCAGAUAAAAUCCCUCCCAUUGUUGGGUAUUUUCCUUCUGGGUUCGAUCCUCAGAAGGCUUUAGACAAUGAUUCUGAAUCUGGGCUGGGUUCUCCAAAUAUUAAGGUUUAUCGAAAUAAGAAAAUGCCCAAAAGGUUGCAGCUUGUGGUCAGCCCUAAUGGGUCAUCAGUGGAUUUUGUUGGCACAAAUUAUUCUGGUGAGGCUACAGCUGGACAGAAGUGCAUGUAUGCACUUGGGGUUUUUGAUAAAGAAACCCAUGCCCUGAAGGUUGUGCCCAUUGCUGCCAACAAGAUAUUCAGAUUGGAUCCUAGAGUGAGAGGCUUAGAAUAUUCUGAUAAAGAAACUGAAAGCUCAACUGCGGUAGAGCUGACAGCAAAGGAGAGGGCAGACAGAGCUAGAUAUACUACCAUUUUAUGGGGAUCAAAGUCGUCAAUAAAAAUGGCUAAAAAGAUACAUGCUCUCAGACAAGAAGGCGAUCCUUUAUCUCAAAAGGAGUUGGAUGUGAAAUUGAAAAAUAUUGUUGUAAACAAGGAAGCUCUUGAAAGUACUGAGGCUCAUGUUUCCCGGAAUAUUCCCCCAUAUGAUGCUUCUGCCACUGCACCCGAGCAGGCAUAUCCUUUGGAAAAGAUUAUACCUAACGUAGAGUGGGAUUAUCUCGAAGAUAUUUAUUAUCUUUUGCAACAGAAUGAAGCAGACUUCAAAGGUUACCCAACAUUUAUCUGCAACAGGAUAGAUGAAUUAAAGAAGAUUCAGGACGAGUCAGAGAAGAGGAAGGUCUGUCGCAUAUUUUCAUACAUCAAUCAUCUCAUAAAGUUCAAAGAACAGCAAGCUGUUAAUUGUUCUGCAUCUACUAGGGCCCACAAAAUCCCAAGCAUCGUGCAUCACAAGUUUUCAUCAAUGUUUACAGUUCCUGAAUCAAAAUGGCUACCUUCAGAGAAGAUUAAUCUUCUCAUCAGUUAUGUCUUGGUGCUCACUCUAUUCUCUGAUCAGUUUCGAACAAACUACACAGAUAUAGCAAAGGACCUGAAGAUGAGCUCGGUACCUGUUAGACAACGUUAUGAGAACCUGGGUUGCAAGAUUAUUCGUGAGAAUAAAUUAUUUUAUGCCACCCUUCCCGUCCCUCUUCAAUUUCCUGAGUUGAGGCAGAGGUAUAAGCGGAAGAGAACAUAGAUAGAUCAAUCCCCAAGUCCUUGUUUCUGCCAUUUAUAAUAGCUAUGUUGGCUUUUUGUUUAUCAUGGUGCAGUGAUUAUGCCCAUUUUUGUUACCUAACUCUUCCGAGGAUUCUCAUGGUGUUUUUGGUUGAAGUGUUUUUGAAUGGAUUUUAUGAACCUUUUUUUUUAUAAAGCAAAUUUAUAGUGACAAA